CAGAUUUAGUCCUGGGAAAAAAAAGUAGAGUGACACAUGUUUCUAAUAGACGAUCUUUGCGUAAAGGUAGUUGCCAAAGUUGUCAGGGCAGGCGUGAGUCCGCGGGCACGCGCACUGCUGUGGAUCACACCGGCCAGGAAAGAAGAGCACGGGAGAGCACCGAGCACCGCGAUCUGACACUGACUAACCGGACCAGUCACCUUAGUGAGACACUCUCACACCGUGCUCGGUACACAGGAACGGGGACCGGAUUAGAAUCUCACCGGGAGCUGUUGGAGUUUCCUGUUCCUCCACGGAGACGGAGGGUCCCGCCACUAGAGCAGGUAGGUGGAGCUCUGCUCAGGAAGCCAUGCUAAUAAACAUCUUCCUCUUGCGGUGAGCUGCCUGGUGGACAGUCAGAGGCAUCAUGGCGGAACUGCCUAUUGCCCCCGGCGAGGUCUACAUCGAGGUGGAGUACGACUAUGAAUACACGGCCAAGGACCGCCUCAUCACCAUCCAACAGGGUGAAUGCUACAUGCUGGUCAAGAAAUCCAACGAGGACUGGUGGCAGGUGAGGAAGGAGGAGGGCACCAAAGCGUUCUACGUACCGGCUCAGUAUGUCCGCGAAGUCCGCAAAGCCCUCAUGCCACCUCCUAAACCUCUCCCACAUCCUCCUGCUGCUACUGGCAACACACCUCCACAAAGUGGUGCAAUCUGGGUAAAGCCAACCAGUCUGGAGCUGAUACUCCCCGACCGGCCCGCCGAGAACCUCCACAGACGUGAGUCCAACUAUCAGCGCUCGCCCUCCGCACACGCCUCCUCUUCUGGGAACUUCAGUCCCCCGAGUCAGCGCAGGAACAGUAGCCAGCAUCAGCCCCCCAUCUCUCCCACCGACCACGACCGAGCUCUGGCUGACAUCCUCGUCCACGGUGGCGUCCCCCAGCCUGCUCAAAAAGGAAGGUCCAGCACUCUACCACGCACCCGAGCUCGAUCGCCAGACCUGCUGGACCGAGCCCCGCUGGAUGUGGACGGCACCCAACACUCUGACUCUGCAGGUGAAGAUAGACGCACCAACGACUCGGAGUCCGGAGACGAACUGAGCAGCAGCUCCACCGAACAUCUGCAGACGGGAUCUUCGUCAGGCCACGGUCGCCCCGAGUCGCCCGUCUACACCAACCUCCAGGAACUGAAGAUCACCCAGGCCAACCUGCCCCCGUUUCCCUCCGGCUCCCCGCUUCACGUGCUGGGCGACUGGGAGACCUACAAGGAACAGAGUGGCAGGCACUACUACUACAACCGCUCCACCCAGGAGAGGACAUGGAAGCCGCCCCGAGCCAGGGACGCCAGCACCGGGAGCUCCAGAGGAGAGAGCAACAGCACAGGAGAGAGCUCCGAGACCACUCCUCUCUCGCUCUCGCCGUCUUUCCUUCCCUUCCUCUCGCUCUCCAUCGGUCGACUCCAGCCUCUGUCGUCGGAGGACACCUGCUUCAGUACCUACUCUAGCCAGUCGGACAGUCAGUAUGGCUCGCCGCCGCGCGGUUGGUCGGAGGAGAUGGACGAGCACGGCCACACGCUGUACAUCAGCGACUAUACUAAUGAGAAGUGGUUAAAACACGUUGACGAGCAGGGCAGACGGUAUUACUACAGCGCAGAUGGUUCAAGGUCAGAAUGGGAGCUGCCAAAGUACAACCACUCCCCUCCUCAGCCGCCUGGAGACGCUCCGAAGAGUCGCAGUCUGGACCGGAAACAAGUUGAGCCCAUCGUCCUCACUAAGUGGAGACACAGCGCCUACGUCCAAGAUCCCAACGACAAGCGGCUGUUAAAAACCAGGCGUUUCCGCGCAGGCUCUUCCCGCCCGCAUCCGUACAAACACCAAGACGCUCCUCUGAGCCCCAAGCCCUCCUCUCCCGACUCUGACUCCUGCCCUCCGUCUCCCAAGUCCCCCAGCUCUCCAUCUGAAAAGUGCGGCGUUCUGAAUGUGACAAAGAUCACAGAGCACGGCAAGAAAGUACGGAAGAACUGGACUUCUUCAUGGACAGUGCUUCAAGGAUACUCGCUGUUAUUUGCCAAAGGCCAAGGAGGCGGGACCAGCUGGGUCAGUGACCAUAUCAACAUACCAUACUACCACAGUGACUCCUUCCCUGAAUUUCUCCUGUCACUGUUGAGUAACUGGAGGCCGUCCGCUAAGAACUGUCCUGCCGUAUCCUAUGGCUGCUCUGGGCUCAACAGAGCCUCCUCUUUUGGAGGCGGUCAGUCCAAACCAGAGUUCACUGUGGAUCUGAGGGGCGGCUCGGUGGAAUGGGCUUCCAAGGACAAGUCCAGCAAGAAGCACGUCCUAGAGGUGAAGACUCGACAUGGCACAGAGCUGCUGAUCCAGUCAGAGAACGACGGCGUUGUCAGCGACUGGUUCCGAGCACUGCUGGACACCAUCAGCAUCCAUGCCUGGGAGUCUGAUGAGGCCAUUGAAGAGGACAUGCCGGAAUCGCCUGUUGGUGAGAGAACUGACAAGGACAAAGAACACAGAGACUCAAAGAAAGGUCGAGCCAUGAAGACCUCCACCAGCAUGGACGCCUCCGACAACAAGAAGACCAGACACAAGCUGAAGAAGUUCCUGACCCGCCGUCCGACCCUGCAGGCCGUCAGAGACAAGGGAUACAUCAAAGAUCAGGUGUUCGGCUGCAGUCUGUCCAGUUUGUGUCACAGGGAGAGCGACACGGUGCCGAUCUUCGUCAAGAUGUGCAUCGACCACGUGGAGAACAAUAGUCUGACAGUAGACGGGCUGUACAGAGUCAGCGGGAACCUGGCUAUCAUACAAAAACUACGCUUUGUCGUCGAUCACGAUGAGACGGUGAACCUGACAGACGGGAAGUGGGAGGACAUCCAUGUGACCACGGGAGCUUUAAAGAUGUACUUCCGAGAGCUGCCGGAGCCUCUCUUCACCUUCGCUCUCUUCCAUGACUUUAUCAGCGCCAUCAAGAUUCCAGACUACAAGCAACGAGUUCAGUCCAUCAAAGAUCUGGUCAGACAGCUGCCCAAACCCAACCACGACACCAUGCAGACGCUCUUCAAACACCUCAGGAAGGUGAUCGACUACGGCGAGGAGAACCGUAUGACCACCCAGAGCGUGGCCAUCGUGUUCGGCCCCACGCUGCUGCGGCCUGAAACGGAGACCUGGAACAUUGCGGUCCACAUGGUCUACCAGAACCAGAUAGUGGAGCUAAUACUGCUGGAGUACGAGAACAUUUUCGGCAGGUAGAAAGAGACGCCGGAGGACGAGUCUCUUUUUCUUCUCUUUCUCUCUUCCAACGCAGAGCUCUUCUGAACCCAGCGUGGCCCUGCCAAACACAGCCCGGCCUGGCUCGGCUCGGCUCGGCUCGAUCCAGCCCGGGUCCAGGGGCGGCUCGUCUUCAUCUCCAACCAACCACUGGCUUCUCCAAUCGUACAACCUCCGGACCAAAGCCACAAACAUGUCACCAACCAAAACAUACAUGUAACUAACUAGCGACCAAAAAAAAGUUGAGACUCUUUGCACUUUUCAGUCUCUCGUUUUCUCCUGCAGCUGCAUUUGUGCCACCGGAAAGGUGACUCCCUCCUGUCCCGACACUGGAUUCCUAGAACUACUAAACGGGCCAAACAAGCCUCUACUACUGCACAGACUGACUGAGAGCAAAGCAGGAGAAUGGGCCUCAGUAGCCUCUAACUGCAGAGGAGGCGUCAGUAUUGGAGGUUGGAGAAUGUACUGUACUGUAGAACCUGUCAUCACUCCUGUAUGAACCACACUGGGGAACCAACAGAAGAAACCCAACUGCUGUGCUUGGCUUUAGAUGUUUAGACACUAAGAGAGGAAACAAUGGAGGUCUUUUAUUUAGGAAUCUGCCGUACUACUCUCACUUUCUCUUCAUUUCAAAAUAUCUCCUUCCCCUUCUCUCUCUCUCCAUCUCUUUCUGAAUCUUUCUCUCCUUCCUUUUCUUCCUGAAAUACUGGACCGCGGUCCUCUGAACACGAGAGGUUAUCACUCUGUAACAUAUCUGCACGCCACCUUCUCCAUUCGGCUUAAAGAACAAAUCAUCUCGCAGCAUUCAGAACUUGAAAAAGAAACAAACGGUACUCGGCUGUGUCUUUCCUCGACUCUCGGAUAUGAAAUGUUGAGGCAAACGGCCUUUAAACAUGACUCCAUUGAUAACUCUGUACAGUGUUUAUGUGCGUGCAUGUGGACGGUGGGUGGGGUGGAUGGAUGAAUGGAUUUAAUGACAAUAUAUUGUACAAAUAGUAAAUAUAAGUAUGUAUGCCUGGAAUGUUAAAAAUAUGAUACGAGGGAGAAAUCACUAUUUUGUGAUCAUUGUGUAACCAACAGAUGGGAGGAGUAAAGUUCUGGACUGGUUUACCUGUGUGUCAGGUAAAUGGAAGAUUGUUGAAUGUAACUUUGGAGAGGAACUGUUGGCUUUAACAAACUGGAAUAAAGAGCUCUAAGAAGAGAUAUUUCCAAAGGAGAUAUUA